AUGGCUGGAUCUGGAAGCUCAGAUGUGAGAACUCCAAUUUUCUCUGGUGAAAAUUAUGAGUUUUGGAAGAUUAAGAUGGUGACCAUAUUCAAAUCAUAUGGGCUUUGGAAUCUGGUAGAGAAGGGAAUUCCAGUUUCAGAUUCGAAGAAGAAGGAGAAGGCAACUGAGGAGACUUCAGAGGAAGAAGAUGAUGAGAAAACAGCUGCAAUCCUCAUGAAGGAUGCAAAGGCUCUGGGUAUUAUCCAAAAUGCAGUCUCAGAUCAGAUUUUUCCACGAAUAGCAAAUGCAGACUCUGCCAAAGCUGCUUGGGAGCUAUUGCAUGGAGAAUUUCAUGGUGGAGAUCAUGUUAGAUCGGUAAAACUUCAAAAUCUUAGACGUGAAUUUGAAUAUACUAGGAUGCAUGAUAGUGAGUCAUUGUCUACUUAUCUUACUAGACUGAAUGAUCUGAUUAAUCAAAUGAAAACAUAUGGUGAAGUGCUCUCGAAUGAGAGGCUUGUGCAAAAGGUUUUGAUUAGUCUUAGCAAGGUUUAUGACCCCAUUUGUUUAGUGAUUGAAAACACUAAGAGUCUAGAGACUGUGGAGUUGCAAGAGGUAAUUGCUAUUCUGAAAAGUCAAGAGCAGCGAUUUGAGUUACACAAUGCAGAUGCAACUGAGAAAGCUUUUGCCUCAUUCACAACUCACAGCUCAUCUACAGGUCAAGAAGCUGUAAAACCCCAAUGCAAGGUGUGCUCCAAGUAUCACUUUGGAGAAUGCAGGUAUAAAGGCAAGCCAAAGUGUUACAAUUGUGACAGGUUUGGUCACUUGGCUAGAGAGUGCAUUGCAGAGAAGGCUGUGCAAAAGGCAAACUGUGCAAGUCAAAAGGAGGUGGCUGGAAACCUGUUUUAUGCAAACUGCACUACCACUGAGUCAAAACCGAAUGGGGAUUGGUAUAUUGACAGUGGCUGUAGCAAUCAUAUGACAGGAAAUGUGGAUUUGCUUGUUGACAUAAGGACAAAUGUGGCUGGAAAGGUGCAGAUGCCAACUGGUGCUCUUGUGAAUGUGGCUGGCAUUGGUUCACUAGUUAUUGACACAACAAAUGGAAGAAAAUACAUUAGGGAAGUAAUGUAUCUUCCGGGCUUGAAAGAGAAUCUGUUAAGUGUUGGACAAAUGGAUGAGCAUGGAUAUUGUUUGGUGUUUGGAGAUGGAAUGUGUAAGGUGUUUGAAAGCUCCUCAAUGAACAGCCUCAUUAUCAAAGUCCAAAUGAUGAAAAACACUAUGCUAUCCCCUGUCAUUCCUAGCUGA